GGAGCUUCCGCUUCCGGACCGAGCAGUCUGAGGGAGCGGAGGGAGAAGAGUCGUGCGCUGAUCCGCGUCGGUGGCCGUGAGGGGCGGGAGGCGCGCGGCCUCCUCCUCCUGCAGGUCAUUAAUUGUUAUGCUGGAUUUCCUAGGCUUUUGGUGAAAGUUGCAGCAGUUUCAGAUCUGUGGAUGGUCAACAACGGUUUUCUGCCCUUCUCAUGAGCCAUGGCCUACCAGCUCUAUAGAAAUACCACGCUGGGGAAUAGUCUUCAGGAGAGCCUAGAUGAGCUCAUACAGUCUCAGCAGAUCACCCCCCAGCUUGCCCUUCAAGUGCUACUUCAGUUUGACAAAGCUAUCAAUUCUGCAUUGGCACAACGGGUCAGAAACAGAGUCAAUUUCAGGGGCUCCCUGAACACAUACAGAUUUUGUGACAACGUUUGGACAUUUGUACUGAAUGAUGUUGAAUUCAGAGAGGUCACUGAGCUUGUGAAAGUGGAUAAAGUGAAAAUAGUAGCCUGUGAUGGAAAAAAUACUGGUUCCAAUGCUGCAGAGUGAAGAGGAAGAUGGAUCCCUGUGCCAGCAAUGUCUUUAAGAGGCUGCAAUUCUGAGAGAGGAGGGUGGCCAAAGAAUGUGUGGAUGACUAUUUUAAUGAUGCAGAUAUGAGUAAUCCAUGCUGGAAUGCCUUGUGGAACUGUCUUGGCAGAAGCUCUGUAGAGCAUCUUUUUGAGUUCACCUAAGACAUGAAGGCAAAGAAUAUUGCUUUUUUAAAAAGAGAGAGAAACAAAAAACUAAGGAUUAAAUGUUGUUGCUUUUUGGUUCAUCAAGGUAACUUCUCCAAUAAACAUUUUAUUUAAAACUUUUA